CGACUAGAGGUCAUCAUGGCUGCAGAAGUUGAGAUCGAUGACUCUUUGUACAGUCGACAACGUUAUGUACUUGGGGACAAUGCUAUGAAGAGAAUGGCUAAUGCUUCUGUGCUAGUCUAUGGUAUGGGAGGUCUAGGAAUAGAAAUUGCAAAGAAUAUUGUUUUAGCUGGAAUAAAGUCCUUAACUAUACAAGAUGAUAAGACAGCUACUUUAAGUGAUCUGGGAGUCCAAUUCUUCCUCACAGAGGAUGAUGUAGUACAGGGAAGGAACAGAGCUGCUGCUAGUGAAGGGAGGUUAGCAGAGUUAAAUCCUUACGUCAGUAUUAAUAGUCUGGUCACCGGGAUGGACAACAACACUGAUCUAUCUUACCUUACACAAUAUCAAUGUAUUAUACUAACGGAGGUGCCUCUACAACUGCAACUAAGAAUUAACCAGCUCUGUAGAACCCAGUCACCUCCAAUCCAAUUUAUUAGUGCAGACGUGUAUGGACUGGUGAGCAGUGUAUUCUGUGAUUUUGGGGAUGAAUUUGAAGUGAUGGAUGUCAAUGGAGAAGAACUUAGAGAUACAUUUAUAGAAAAUAUAACAAAGGAAAAUCCUGGAGUGGUUACAUGUCUGAAAGAUAAAUUUCAUGGACUGGAGACAGGUGACAUGGUGGCAUUCAGGGAACUCAAUGGAAUGACGGCACUGAAUGGAAUGACAUGCAGGGUCAAAGUUCUGUCCCCGUCAACCUUUGCAAUUUGUGAUACUACUGGAGAAAGCUUUACUCCAUAUGAACAUGGUGGCAUCAUCACCCAGGUCAGGAUCCCUCAGAAAUUCUCAUUUAAAAGUCUGGAAUCACAGCUGAAGGAUCCUACCCUACUGACGCCAGAUCUCUCCAAAAUUUCUGCUCCCUCAAAUUUACACCUUGCAAUGCUGGCUCUACAUCAGUACCACCAAGAACAAAAUGACCAACUGCCCAAUGUAUGGUGUCAGAAAGAUGCAGCUAGAAUUGUGUCCCUUGCACAUGACAUCAACAAUAAGCUGACAAACAAGGUGGAGCCAUUAGAUGAAGACCUGGUACGGAUGUUGUCGUUCACAGCUCGUGGAUGUUUUGUUCCUCUAUGUGCAGCUGUUGGGGGAUUUGUGGCUCAAGAAGGCCUCAAAGCACUCACAGGGAAGUUCACUCCCCUCAAUCAAUGGCUAUAUCUUGAUGCUGUUGAUGUCAUAAGUAAGAAGGACAUCUCCAAUCCAGUACAGUUCCAACCAAGAGGUGAUCGAUAUGAUGCUCUGAGAAUCUGUAUAGGAGAGGGAAAAUGUUGUCAGUUAGCAAACAUGAAAUUGUUUAUGGUUGGCUGUGGUGCUAUAGGAUGUGAGAUGUUGAAGAAUUAUGCCUUAUUGGGGAUUGCUUCACAGGAUAAAGGCCAGAUAACAAUAACAGACAACGACAUCAUAGAGAAAUCAAAUUUAAACAGACAAUUUCUCUUCAGACCACACCACAUCCGGAAACCAAAGAGUACCACUGCUGCCCAAUCAGCAAAUGAGAUUAACCCAGCUAUAAGAAUUGAAGCUCAACAGCACAAAGUGUGCCCUCAAACAGAAGCUGACCAUUACAAUGAUGAUUUCUAUGGCAACCAAGACUUGGUGGUAAAUGCCCUGGACAAUGUUGAGGCUCGGCGGUAUGUGGACAGCCGGUGUGUGACCAAUCAGAAAGCCUUGUUAGAAUCUGGGACCAUGGGAACCAAAGGUCAUGUACAGGUCAUUAUACCUCACCUAACAGAGUCCUAUGGUAGUCAGAGAGACCCAGUAGAUGAGGAUAUACCAUACUGUACAUUAAAGUCAUUUCCUGCACAGAUAGAACAUUGUAUACAAUGGGCACGGGACAAGUUUGAAAGUUCCUUUGCCCAGAAGCCAGCUUUAUUUAACAAGUUUUGGACCACCCAAGGUCAACCACAACAAGUCAUUGAUAAUCUUAAACAAGGGUCACCGCUUGAAGGCGCCAUCCAGAUCAGUAAGAUACUGCGAGGGAAGCCCAUAGACUGGGGUUCAUGUGUAGUACUAGCCAGGCUGAAGUUUGAAAAAUACUUCAAUCACAAGGCAAGGCAUCUACUACACCAUUUCCCAUUAGAUACAAGAUUGAAGGACGGAUCUCUGUUUUGGCAGUCUCCGAAGCGACCACCUAUUCCUCAGGAAUUCAAUGUUGGAGAUUCUAUACAUUUGUCUUUCAUUAUAAGUACAGCAAAGCUGUAUGCUACUGCAUGUCAAAUUCCUCGAUCAGCUCAGGAUGAAACUCCAAGUGUCAUCAGCGAGAUUCUACAAUCAGCGGAGGUGCCCAAGUAUAAACCAUCCUCAAAGUCAAUUGUAACUGACGAAAAUGUGAAGAAAGAGGCAGACACCAGUGGGGAUGAUGACUUUGUAACUGCAGCCAGUAGGAUAGAAUAUGCAAUUCAAAGAGCUGGGACUCAUGAUAAAGUGAUAAAAGAGAUGGAGGUUGCUGAGUUUGAGAAGGAUGAUGACAGUAAUAGUCACAUAGACUUCAUCACAGCAGCCGCUAACCUGCGAGCAGCUAUGUACAGCAUUGAUAGUGCUGACAGACUCAAAGUCAAACGUAUUGCUGGUCGAAUUGUACCUGCCAUUGCAACGACAACAGCUGCUGUAGCUGGACUAGUUUCUAUAGAACUGAUCAAAACAUUAGAUCAACACCCAAUAGAAAAUUACAAGAACGGCUUCUUGAACCUUGCGUUACCUGUGAUAGUGUUAUCUGAACCAGGACCAGCAGAAAAGGUUGUUCUCAAGGAGGGUCUGAGUGUUACUAUGUGGGAUAGAUGGGACGUCCAGGGAAACAAAGACUACACACUCAAGGAGUUCUUACAGUAUUUUCAGACCAAGUUUGGUUUUGAAGCAACAAUGGUUGGCCAUGGAGUUAAGAUGGUGUAUGUGCCAUUCAUGCCUGGUCAUUCCAAAAGACUACCUCAAACGAUGGUGAAACUCCUGAAGCCAUCUUCUCGUGUACGAUAUGUGGAUCUGGUGGUGUCACUGCAGGGAGACAGUGAGGAGGAUAUUCCUGGGCCACCCGUUAGAUACUUCUUCAAUCUGUGAUAACUGUGAUUCAUGCAGAUGGGAACCUUGUAAUUUAUGUCAAACAUGUAUUAGAUAUUGUGAUUGAUAGAGAACCAUAAAACAUGUGUCAAACAUGAAUGAGAUGUUGUUGUUCAUAGAAAUAUGAAUGUGGUAAGUGUAGCAGUGUCAGUCAUGAAUGUGAUUUAUAGAGAUAUGAACCCCAUAGCUUGUGUCGAGCAUCAAGAUAAAAAUGUGGAACAUUCAGCUGUGUCAGUCAUAAAGAGAGAUUGGGAUUCAUAGAGAUAUAAACUCUUUAAAUUUUGUUAAACAUGAAUGAGAUAUUGUGGGUUAAGAAGAUAAAAAUGUUCAGGUGUGUCAGCCUUGAAUGACACAUUAUAAUUCACAGAUAUAAACUUAUUUAACAGAAAACUCUAUGGGUAAUGGAAUAAUUCACUGUAUUACAACAACUUGUGUCUUAAUGGACCUGUUUACAGGGACAUAUGUGUGAUAGGUCAAGUUUAAAGAUUCAUAAAUCCUUUUAUCUUAUUAAGAAAGUUUUGUGCUAUCAAUUCACUGUGGCAUGAAUACUGGAAACUGAAAUAUGUAUAUGUGAUUACAGAGAUAUUUAUUGUAACAUGAAUCAAUCGUUUCUGAAAAUUAAUCUUCACUCAAGUUCUAAUGAAACAACUUAUAUGUGAUACAGAACAAAAUGAAUCUUAACAAUGUACAUUGUAUUUGUGAUCAUGGAGUAAUUGUUUAGCAAUGAGGUGUAAAGCAUUAUUUGAAGAAAAAGUGAUAUUUAGCAUGAAUUAUUUGAUGUUGUAAAAGUAAUGAACUUUGAUUGAGUACUGACAGUUUCUGAUGUUUCAGGGAUAUUUUCUCAAAAAGAAUUAAACCUAAGAUUUGAAUUUUAUGGAUAA